GUAAUUAAAUACUCUAUUCUUGAUAAAUAUUUUUUUGUAUUAAUGAAUCCACGAAAAUACUCAAAUAAAAGUAAUUGGAAUGGGAUCCUCUUGACAUCUCAUUCAUCAAAACACAUCUUUUAUGAAUGAAAGCCGGAGAAGACAUCUAUGCUACCAUGUUAUAUAUGAGUGUAGAUAAUAAACGUUUAAAAUAAAAAUUAAUAAUUUAAAAUUUAAACCAGAAACCUAUUAUUCUUAUAACAGUUAAAUAUAGAAACCGUUAAAAAAAACUGUGGGGAAAUGAAAUAUAUAAGGCAUUUACAAUUAGUAUCUAUUAGUAAAGACCAAGCUAUGUACGAGAUAGGCCACAAAAUUGUUUUCAGUUACACUAACAUAUGACACAAAGUAAACACCUGUCAUAACCUUCCUCAUCGCUUCGCGUCGCUCUGGCAAAGGAUACACAGAAGAAGGAUGAACUUUUAGCAAGAAUACAAGAAGAUGGCCUUGUCCAGGAGGAUCUGGCUGGCCGGAGCCAGGUUUGUCGGGCUGAGAUUCAGGGAGAACCCUGGUCUUCUUCCCCGACCUCCAGUUCUCGUCACGAUUCAGAGCCAACCUGUCUUCAGGAAUCUCUUCUACAAAUCUCCAGGCAGCACCAUGGAAGCUCUCAGGAUCUGGAAGUUGAUGGAAUAUCUUGGCAUGGACUACUGCUCCAUAGUGAGGAUAAGAAGAAGGAUGAAGAAGUACAGCUACCCAUGGCUCACCUAUUGCAUCCCAGCAGCUUUGAUAUUAGCUCUCGGUGACUUUAUCGGCCAGUAUCACCUCAAACCUCAUGCAGCAGAUAGGACUUUCAUGAAGUUCCUCACCGACGAAUGGAAUAUUCGUGAAACCUUGUUGUUUGCCUUAAUGGGAUUUUUUCCAGUUGGUUUCUUGUUAUCCAAAUGGAAUUUGUUCCUUUACCGCAAACUGAAAUGCCAUGGAAAAUUGAGUUUCUUGGUGACGAAGCUUCUCCUCGACUUGUUCAUCUUAACCCCCAUCUUGUUGUCAUUGAUGAUUCUUGUCUACGGCGCCUUCUAUGAUAGAAACCUAAUCAAUGAAUCAAGUGAAGAAGUAAAAAAAACCUUCAAAGAGAAAUACUGGCCAGCACUCAAGCAAUCAAUGAUCUUUAAUCUAGAAACAAGACCACUAGCAAUAUUUGCUAUAUUUUAUUUAGCCCCAAUCCACCUUCGAAGAUUGUUAAAGACUGUUUACGAAGUGAUAUUUGCAACCUACGUGACCUCUUCUAUAAGAGAAAACGUACAAGGACCAUCAGGAUCGUCACUAUCAUCAGGAUCGCCAGGAUCUGCAAAAAAUCUGUCUACUGCCAGCGGUGUCCUGAGGAGCGGGAGUGACAGCGGCUUGAAAGCCAGCCAGACUGUCGGCAGCUCGAAGGGCGGCACGCUCGACGGUGGGAGUCCGGAUUCGCUGGUAGAAGAACCCUUGGGCAGGUGGGCACGUUACAAGCGAUGGGCGUGCCGCAACAGGGGAGACUAGACCGCCGGCCUUCUUAGGUGUACGGGGAACACAGUCACAACACAAAUAGUGUCCUUUGUCAGAAUUAAAAAUUAAAUGGGUUAUAAAUUUA